UUUUCUAAAUACUAGUUGUGUUUAUUCUGAUUUAAAAGUUUUAUUUACAUGCAAAGUUAUUAAGCCUAUAGAGACUUUUAUUUUGAAAUGACGGACUGCCGCGAAGAUCGCGCAUGCACGGAUAUCGAGCACAUGGGGAGAUCGCUCGUGCACGGAGAGAAGGAGCAACACGGUCACGGAGUUAAAUGAUUAAAUAUAAAGUUAAAGCAGCUAAAAAGUAAUUUAGAGUAUUAAUAGUUGCCUGAUUAGUGUAGCACACGGUUUAUUUUGGUUUAUUUUUGGAUAUUUUUGGUUAGUUGUGUGUUUUUGGCCUUCUUUUAUUUUAGUACCUGGUUGAAAGAGGCACAAAGCUCUUACGGUGUUGUGGACUCAAAAAAGGCAAUGUGAAGUGAAAUAAGGUGCAUUUUAAGGAAAAUAAAACUGGAAAAAGAGUCAAACGCAAACAUCAGUGCAAGAGUCAACUUUAUUUCAACCGGGCUGCUACAGUAAGAGCUUUAUCUCAUUUAUUCUAUAUGCUGAUGUAAAUGAUGACUAGCCAAGGAUCAGAACCAUGCAUUCCAGUGAAGGAAAUGGAAACAGUUGAAGUGCAACCUUCUCAAAGUAAAGCUUUAGAUGAUGAGCUAGAACAUCAUUCAAAAGAAGAAGGAAAUGAAUUACGCCGUUCUGUUCGCAAACGUAUUCCAACAGAAAAAAUGCUUGCAUAUCAGAUGGAGAUGUCUCAAAAGGCAGAAGGCAGGCUUAUGCAAACAUAUGAGCAGUGGAAGGCUGAAGCUCGAAAGGCAAGAGAGCAGCUGAAAACAGACAUCUCUGAGAGUGAAUUAGCAAUGCUUGUAGAUACGAUGGAAGGUGAAAGAGACAAAGUAAUGAAUGCAUACAUAAAGGUCCGCAGUGAUGUCACUCCUUCCACAGAUAUAAGACGACGGAUUGAUGCUUGUGAUGCGGUGACAAAGGACAUUGUAAAGAUGGCUUAUGAGAGGAUCUCAGGCGUUGAUGGAGACUUUGACAGCGAAGCAGUAAAGGUGCGUCUUCGUGAACUGCUAGUCCGAGAUUAUGCUCGCUCUGUUUAUGGCUCUACAGUGUCACGUAUAAGUUCCAAACCAAGUCAGUCCUCAUUGAACUCUGUGCUAAGAGCUAAACAAAUUGAAGCGGCAGCAGAGCUUGCGGCUAAGGAAGCAGAAUACGCUGCUAUGAUAGAGGAAAAGGAACAAAGGAAAAGAAUUCAACUUCUAGAAGAGAAGCAAAGGCAAGAACUUAAUGCUGAAAAAAGUGAGUUGCAAACUUUACAAGCAGUAAGGGAGGUAAAGGCAGCUAGAGCAAGACUAGAAGUUUAUGAUAGAGAAGAAACAAUUCAUUCUGGUAAUCAGAACAGUGAGCUGCAGCAACAUGUAAACCUUCCAGAGCCUUUACGCGCAACCUCAGCUAAACCAAUUCUGAAUGAGAAAGCAUUAUCACCACCAAACAAUGCUGAUGUGUCUUACCUAGCACAGGCUGUCCAAGAUAGCAUGAUGUUGAACAGACUUCCUAUGCCAGAGCCUACUAUCUUCAGUGGUGACCCCAUUCAUUUUGUUGAGUGGAAAACUUCAUUCCAAUCACUCAUUGACAAAAGGCAAAUCUCUCCAGCAGAUAAAUUAUAUUACUUGAAAAGGUAUGUCACUGGUCCUGCUCGUAAGACUUUAGAAGGCAUCUUUUACAGAAACGAUGAGGAAGCCUACCAAGAUGCAUGGAAAAGACUGCAAGAUCGUUAUGGACAGCCAUUCAUCAUACAAAGAGCAUUCAGAGAAAAACUCACGAGUUGGCCCAGGAUACAGACCAAGGACGCUGAAGGACUCCGAAAUUUCUCCGAUUUCCUAAAUGCAUGUACAGAUGCUAUGCCUCACGUAAAGGGACUGGAUAUAUUGAAUGAUUGUGAAGAGAACAGAAAACUCGUCUGCAAACUUCCAGAUUGGGCGGCUGCCCGUUGGAAUCGUCAAGCCACACAAGCGUUGAGUGAGACUCAGAAUUUCCCAACCUUUCAUGACUUUGCGAGAUUUGUUUCUGCAGAGGCUGAAGUAGCCUGCAACCCUAUUACUUCCUACUCUGCCCUCCAUGCUUCUGAAGCUAACAAAGAGAGACCUAACCCUAAGCUUGUUAGGAGUAAGGCCAAUGUCUUCCAUACAAAGAUGGUCACACAGCAUGAGAAUCCAAGGUUGUCUAAUAAAGUCAUUAAACCCUGUCUGUUCUGUCAAAGUGAAGAGCAUCGAAUUCAUGAUUGUUCUAAAUUCUCUGUUAGAUCUCUUGAAGAGCGAAGGCAGUUCAUUAAGGAAAAUAAGCUGUGCUAUGGAUGUCUGAAGCCCGGUCAUAGUGCCAGAGAGUGUCGCUACAGACAUACAUGUAUACAUGCAGAAGAAGACAUCCUACAUGCCUACACGAUGACACCUUUGUUAUGA